CUUUUAGCUGUCAACGAAUGUCUUUGUACGCUGACAGCCCGAUUUCAUUCUAAUAUUUGUUUAUCACUCACGUUUUUAUUAAAAAUAAUUGUAAAGAAUUUUCUAGUGUUAAAACAAUAAAUAUUAACAAUCAUGUCUCGUCCGAAAAACUUUUUAGAUACCGAUGAAAGUUUACUUGAAAAAAAUCUGAAAUUUGUUAAAAAUGAAGUGGAAGAAGAACUAAAUCAUUACUUUUCCGGCACGCAAGCUAGUGAUCCAUCAACUGAAUCGCUAGCUCCUCCACGUGAAUAUAAAGUUGUUCAGCCAAAACCAGGCAUUUGCAUCAAAAGUUUUAAAACAAAUACGAAUGAUAAAUUUUUCAUCAAUGUUUGUCAAACUGAUGAGAUACCGCCACCGGAGGACAUUACCGAAGAGCAGUUGGCUGACAUUUUGCAGUCGGAAGUGCCAAGCUCUUUCCGUAUACCCAUGAGCAUAUCCGAUCCGCGCAUAACGAAGGAUAAAUCAAAUAAUUCAGUAGAUGUAUGCGAUAUUGCGGUAAAUCCCAACUUCUUUGUCAAAAUCCAAAAAUCUUUAUUAUUUAAAGACUUUUUCCUGGCACUAAUUGCCGAGGCUCUGAAUGAUAAAUAUAAUGUGCAAAUAAAAGUCGAGAAAUCAAUAAUAUUGCAAAAUAGAAAGUUCAUCGGCACACUGGUGCGACAUCGUGUACGCAAUAACGAUGUAAAAACUGUUUUAAACUCAUAUAAACAACCAACUGAGGCGGACAAAAGAAAAUUGGAUGAACUUGAAAGACUUGGUGGCGGUAAGAAUGCGCCAUUGGUGCAGGAGAUUGAUACAAAUGAGUUAAAUGUGCUGAAACAGAAAUCCGAACAAUUAAAGCAGAAUUCGUCCAAGAUUAAAGAAGCAAUAUCGCUAGCUUGCUCUACAGUACCGGAGUUUAAGUUAAGAGCGAAAUUGAGCGAAGAGGAGGUUGAAGAAAUACAGGCGGAGUUCUAUCUACCAAAAUGUUUGUCUUCGAAUGAAAUCACUCUGGAUAUCGGAGAAGAUCGCAUUUUGUUGGAAUCAAUGAAGCAUGGUUAUAUGUUUGAUAAAUUUGUUAAUUAUCGUUUGAAUCAAGAACGUGCCCGUGCAAUUUUCGACAAAACCAAUAAAAUGCUGCAAGUCCGUAUUCCUGUAUAUCCAGUGCAUUAAAUGAUGUAGUGAUCAGAUUAUGUAUAUAUUGAUUUCUACAAUCAAUGAGUUUUACUCGUUCAUAACCUUUAGUUUGGUGCACGGAAUUUUCAAUUUGUUUGAUUGGUUUAUAAAUUAAAUAAAAGAUAAAAUUUAACGGAAA